CUAGUAUAAAUUGCCUUGUUCUGUAGAAGGUAAAUUAAUACAUCUACUGGGUUUGUUGCCAUCAAGUUGUGCACUAUGAACUUUCCCCAGAUCAUUUCUUCUGUCUUUCUUCCCUUCCAGCAUUUCUUCAGUCACUAUUUCCUUUUGAAAAGAUUAAAGCCACACUGUACAUAUGAUGUUUCUAUUUUCUACCUGUUAAACCUCUACUGUUUGAAAUGUUAAACCCCAGUAAAAGGAUUAAGUGAUAGUCUAGUCUGAGAUACCACAAAGAUAUCAGGUCCAUACAUGAAAAAUUAUUGCCUAGCCUUGUUGUAAUCUUGGGAAGAUGUCAUGAGUUCUAUACUUAAGACUCACCUUAACUCAUAUUCCAACCCUCCUGGAACAAGAGGGUUAGGCUCUCCAGUGAAGGUUCCUUCUUUCAUACUAUCUCAGGAUAUAAGUCUAUGAUACUUGUGUUUAUUGAUUUUUGAGGUGACACGACCCACUUGAUCAUAUCCUGUGCUUUACAGACUAAUAGCCAACACUUGAUUUUGAACCCAGUAAUUAGUGUCUGACCAAAAGAGUGUUUCCUACCUGCCACAUCUCAAGCCCAGAGGGCAAUGGGAAUAGAUGGAUUUGUGAUUUAUUAAAUAAUGAACAGAAAGCUACUGGAAAAAAAUUUUGCCUUCCUAACCUCCACACAUGCUGGGCAGAGUCUUGGGAAGAGAAAAAUGUGUCAAAGGGGACAGGAUUGAAGGGCACUGGCCUCCCAGACCAUCCUUCCUUCUCAAAAUGACUCAGAUGUUUUAGAUAUGUGAAAAGUCUUUUGGCCACAAGGUGCAAGUCUUUCAGAGACCUCUGUGUGUCCCUUCUAGCUUCAGCUGCUGAGAAACCAGUGUCCUUCUUCCUAAUUUCGACUGCAGCAUCCUGCCUCCCUAAAUCUGAAAGUCAAAUCCUGCCUCUGUCCUCAAAGUAUUCAAGUUCCCUUUCCGAAUUAAAUUUGCCAUAAGCAAUGAAGCAGUGAGAUGCUUUUCUUCAAUUACCCUUUUAAAAAUUCAUGCAAAAGUAGAAUUCUUAAUUAAAAGCUUGCCUAUAUGAAAUUAUUGAGGAAAUGAGAUAAAAAAAAAUCCUUCCAGAAAUGUGCCCAGACUAACUCAGACGCAAAGCAAGGAGAGCACUAGACAGGGAUCUGAUUUUUGCCUAGCCUCUGCCACUGAUUCACUGCAAUACUUCCUGCAAGUCAUUUAUUGUGCAGCAACGUGCUUAUUGAUGGAGGAAAACCAGUAUUUAUUUCUUUUCACAGAGUUGUCCUGAGUCUGACUAACAACAACUUGUGCAAAUCUUUGGAUGAAAGAAAUCAUAAGAGUUCUAAGCUCUUAAUAUAUAUUACUUAUUGUACUUCAAAAUAGUCAUCACACUAGGUAGGAAUUAACAUUCCAAAUCCCAUAGGGUGGAUACCUCUUCCUACAUGUAUAUAUAAAAGUCAUCAAGUGACCUGCCUCAGAGGAAGGCCAACUGAAGACAGGUCUCCUGGGACAGCUGAGGAGAGCCAUCGCCAUGAUCCCUGCACUGCUCUUGCUGGGCCUUUCAGCCCUUGUCGCUCCAUCCAUGAGUUACAGUUGCUAUGGUGAUAUAAGUGCUCUUCCAGCCCCCACGAUGUCCUGUACAGCUGUAAGAGCCCCAGAUUGUGGAUAUGCUGUGGUACGGAGGACUGCUGAGGCAGACCUCGUGCGCCUGAGGAGAUAUGAGGUCCCGAUUAGAAGAGUAGCCAGAAACCUGUGCUUGGACCCAGCUCUCAUUGGUGCCAUCAUGUCACAGGAGAGCCGUGUUGGCCUGCUCCUGAACAACGGCUGGGACCAGGGACGGCAGAAGUACGGCUUGAUGCAGAUCAGCAGGCAGCUACAGCAGCCUUAUGCAGUGUGGGAUAGUGAAGAACACAUAAAUCAGUGCUCAACUAUUCUGGUUCUUUCAAUUAAUGAAGUACGGGCAAGACAUCCUACGUGGACCUGGGAUCGGCAGCUGAGAGGGGGAAUCUGCACCUACCAUGCAAGAAUGGGCAAUCUCCAGGUCUACGAGGAAGAUCCAUGCAGCAGAGACAACAACUACGUCAACAGCGUGAUUAGGCGAGCCCAGUACUUCAAGAGAAAUGGGUUCUAGCUCAUAAACCUGCCCCACCACUGAGCCUCUCCUCUGCACAGACUAGCCCAGCAGUGAUCACAGUACCCAUAGCAGGUCUUCUGGCAGGACCAAUGUUGGGAGCAUUGCCAACAGUACCUUGCUCGCUCCAGCAAAUCCCAGCUCCCCACUCACCUAUGGGCUCAGCUCAUCCCAUAGGGAUGAGAUACCACAAGCUUGGGGCCUUUGACAAGCAGAUGGGGACAGACCAGCAGUGUUUAAAUUUUGAGUGAGGAAUGUUACUCUUCCUGUUUGGAGCUGAACCCAGGGCUGUUCAUGCAUCCCCCAGAUGCAAGCACACAAGCAGCUCUCCCUGGACAUCAGCUGUGCUCUUCCCAUCACCUCUGUCCAACUCCUUCCCUCUCCAUGGCCAAUGCAGGGGAUGAAGUCCCUGAGUUAAAAUUUUCCUUCCCCUUGAUGCUGCUGGCUAAGGGGCAGUGAAGAGACUUCUCACCGAGCCUUUGGUCUCUGCAGUAGCUGAGUAUUCCUGUGGCCAGCCUCAAGGGGGACAAUGCUAAACAUGAUUUGGUUAGUCUACCAAGCCUUGGAGUCCAUGGCCAUGGUGGGGCUGGGGACCCCUUAAAGGUGAAAAGUAGCCUCAUGUAGGGGAAAUCCUCUAUAUAGAAAGUACUGCAAGUGCCACAGCAGGCAUGCAAAACACCUUUUCAUUAGAGACCAGCCCUCAGUAGGAGUCAGCCCCAUACGUACCCACCCAGGAGCUGUAUCACAGCAACAGUGUUGGUAAAAAACCCCCCAACCUUUCCUGCUUUAUCUUUGGCUCCCUUAUGCUGGGUUUCCUCCAAAUUUAAAAGCAUUUCAACAUCCAUCCCUCUGCCAGGAAUCCCAGCUUCUAAUAGGAGUGAAUUAGCUCUGGGCUUAUAAGGUCUGUUUGAAAGUGGUCUUCUAUGUGGAUGGGUCUCUGGGUGCCAAUUCAUUUUUAAUUAGAAUAAUAAUUAGAAUAA